AUGGAUCUCAUUCUAGCCUAUCUCGAUCAGUCUUGCCUUGACGCAUUAUAUAUAUCUACCCGCAAUACGCUCACGCAUGCUAUUUGCCCACGUCCUAGAUUGGUCGGAAUUUGCGCUACCAUGACCGAUCCCAGCGUCUGGCGCCGAGAUAGCCCGCAUCGCCAGGCCCUGAGCAUAUUUCUUUUUCUAUGGUUGCUUUCAAGCUCCCUAUUUCUUCUGUUAUUUGGUGGCCUGUGCUACCUUUGGAACUUUGACAAGUCUCUGAAGCAGCAUCCACGAUACCAUAAGAACCAGAUCUGGGAAGAGGCCCAGCAGUCAUUGUUGACCCUCUUCUUGUCUACUAUUCUCACUGUGCCGAUCCUUCUUACCCAGGUACGUGGCUACGCAAAGCUUUAUGACUUUGGUGAUUGCACGGUUAGUGCGACGUACGAAGUUGCCCAAGUCGCAUAUUUUAUUAUAUUCAGCGACACGUGCAUGUAUUGGCUUCAUCGCCUGUUUCACCACCCGCUUCUUUUCAAUACAAUGCACAAGAAGCAUCACCGUUUUAUCAUCCCGACCCCCUUUUCUGCCUACGCCUUUGAUCCGCUGGAAGCCUGGGUUAUGAGCCUUCCUAUCUACGCAUAUAGUUUUCUCUGGCCCAUGUCACGAGAGAUACAACUGCUCGUUUUCGGCUGUGCCAACGUUUGGUCUUUCCUUAUUCAUGAUAACCGGCAGCAGUUCCAUACAGUACAUCAUAAGAACGUUCAACGUAACUUUGGCCAGUAUCUUGACAUAUGGGAUCGCAUUGCAGGCACCUACGCCGAUCCUGGGUGGUAUCUCAGAGGUAAAGCAGAUGUGAUAGUCUCUUCAAAGUAGGGAACAAUCCAUAAAGCCAAAUUCGUCUGCAUAACUUGCUCUUGGCAGGAGGUCCACAGUCUCUAUGUGAAAAUAGCUCCCGAAUGUGACGUCCCAUUAAUUGGUAUCGUACAAUAUCAUAUGUGUUUCUGACCUAG